ACUCUCCUAUCGACUUCACAUAUGGGGAAAUCUCAUGGCACGCAUAACUAGUCAAUGUAAGAGAUUACAAAACGCCGUCGUAUUGGUUCUCUUCCGAUACUCUCAUUCAACAACUCUCCGGUCAAAUUGGGAGAGAUUUCUCCUGCCUCCAUUCUCUCCGCCCCUAGCACGGCCAUGGCAUCCAAAUCUCCCCCGUCGUCAGCCGAGAAGCAUAGAGAUUUCUUCAAUCAUCUCGAAGCUUACCUCGCAAAGAGAGACGGCGUUGACAAGCUCUUGAAAAUCUCCAGGUACGCCACCAAGAUCAUCCUCUCCUCUUCCGCCCUUCCCGAAUCCCUUCCUCUCACGCAACGUCUCAAGAGCUUCGAGUCCAACGUCGGCGUCAGCCGUAAAGCCUUCCGCCUUGGGAAGUUCGUGCAGGACCUCAACGCUUUGAGAAACUCGCAUUUUGAAUCGAGCCAAGAACUUGUGCUCGCGAUCGUCGCGUAUGGCGGAGAGGGGAUUUAUUACUUCAUCGAACAGUUUAUUUGGUUGAUUAAAGCUGGUUUGAUUGAUAAACGAUACUCUAGUCGUCUGCAGAAGAUCAGUGCGUGGGCGGAAUUUAUUGGUUAUAUUGGGAGUAUUUCGUUGAAAUUUAGGGAUUUCAAUCAGAUUGUUGAAGACGAGGCGCGUUUGAAAGCGAGUAUGGAUAUUGCGGUGUCUAAGGGAAAUGGAAAUCGGGAAGAGGAAGAGAAGAUGAAGAAGUUGCAGGCGAAAAAAUUGAUGAAGAAACUUUCAAUCGUUCAAGACUUCGCCGAUGGAUUCAUGGCGUUGGCUGACAUUCGUGAUGGGAAUGGCCGGCUUUCAGGGCCGCUUUUUCUAUCUUGUGCUGGGCUUCUCUCGGCUUUGAUUAGCACUCAUAAGAACUGGAUAUCAUGCUGAGAUAGGUUUCAAUUUUACUAGGCUAAAUUUUCUGUUUAUUUGGGAUUCUUUCACAGAUCAUAUGAAACAAAUCAUACAAUAAAGCAUAGUUCAAAGGGAAUUUGAUCCCAAAAGAUCUGAGAGCUUGAAACUAAGUAUGAAGAUCCAUGGCACCUACCAGAGUGUUCAUGUUCGGAUUGGUUAGUUUCUUUGAAUCAAACUCUCCUAGUUAGAUGAUGGAUUUAAUAGCGUAUAAGCAUGAAAUAUUUGGAGCUCUGUUGGUUGUUUGAGUAAUUUCUUAGAGAACAACCUAUUUACACUGAAUAAAAUUGCACAUUUUUAUGAAAAGUUGAAUGAAUUUGAAUUGUUUGAA